UCUCAUUUCAGGAGCAUUUCCAUGCCUGCACCCGGCGCUCUUUCAGACACCGUCAAAAAAUAACUCACUGUCAUCAUCAGUGGAAAACACCUUCGACUCUUGACGGGACUAAUUAUUUCAAAUAGCAAGAGGAGUGGUUUUUCCUGGUGGAGGGAUAUCGACAAAAAAAAGAGAGAGAGAUCGACCGCAGUAACGACAGGGCCCAUUGGACACUGAGCACCCUUGGGCCAGUCUGUCUAGUAGACAUGUUUCAAACUGUCCCUGACACGUCGUCUUACGUUAAGGUAAGACACCACCAUCUGUUGGAUCAGGAGGCGCUAUCAGUGGUGAGUGAAGACCAGUCCUUAUUUGAGCCUCCAUACGCUGCUGCUGCCCCUCUCCCCAAAACAGACAUGACUGCAUCUGGCACACAGGACUACAGCCAGACCCACAAAAUCAACCCUUUACCCCCACAGCAGGAGUGGAUCAACCAGCCUGUGCGGGUCAACGUCAAGAGAGAAUAUGAGCACAUGAACGGAUCCAGCAGGGAGUCUCCCGUGGACUGCAGUGUGGGUAAAUGUAAUAAGCUGGUCGGGGCUAAUGACACAUCUCAGAUGACCUAUGGGAGCUAUAUGGAUGAGAAGAAUGCUCCUCCCCCCAACAUGACCACCAAUGAGCGGAGAGUCAUUGUACCUGCAGACCCAUCACUGUGGUCUCAGGACCAUGUGCGGCAGUGGCUGGAGUGGGCCAUCAAGGAGUAUGGACUGCUAGAAAUUGACACAUCAAUGUUUCAAAACACAGACGGCAAAGAGCUCUGCAAGAUGAGCAAAGACGACUUCCUCAGACUUACCACCCUGUACAAUGCAGAAGUGCUUCUGUCUCAUCUCAAUUACCUCAGGGAAAGUAGCUCAUCAUUAUCCUACAAUACGCCAUCUCACACCGACGCAUCACCACGUUUGGCUGCCAAAGAAGAUCCAUCAUACGAUGCUGUACGGCGGACAGGGUGGUCUAACAACAUGCACAGUGGCAAAGGUUCACCUGUAGUUCCUCAGAAUGUGACCAAGUCCACUGAGCAGGCCAGGCCUCAGCCAGAUCCUUAUCAGAUUCUGGGCCCCACCAGUAGUCGUCUCGCCAAUCCAGGCUCAGGUCAAAUCCAACUUUGGCAGUUCCUCUUGGAGCUCUUGUCCGACAGUGCCAAUGCAGGGUGCAUCACUUGGGAAGGGACCAAUGGAGAGUUUAAGAUGACAGAUCCAGAUGAAGUGGCGCGACGAUGGGGUGAGCGUAAGAGCAAGCCCAACAUGAACUAUGACAAGCUGAGCCGUGCGCUGCGCUACUACUAUGACAAAAAUAUCAUGACGAAAGUGCAUGGCAAACGCUAUGCCUACAAGUUCGACUUCCAUGGUAUUGCUCAGGCACUGCAGCCACACCCCACCGAGUCAUCAAUGUAUAAAUACCCCUCGGACCUAGCCUAUGUGCCUUCUUACCAUGCCCACCAGCAGAAGGUCAACUUUGUAUCCCCACACCCUCCAUCUAUGCCAGUCACCUCCUCCAAUUUCUUUGGACCCACUGCUCAGUACUGGAGUUCGCCCACUGCAGGCAUCUACCCAAACCCAAAUGUUCCUCGCCAUCCUAACACCCAUGUGCCAUCCCACCUUGGCAGUUACUAUUAAAACAACUCUCACCGAUCAAUGACCAACUUUUUAAACCUACCUUCUCCCCCUACCAAAAUUGCUGAGCUGCACUCCUUGUAAUGCCAAAGACUGAACAGAUGGAAACAAACAUCUAAAGAAAUGCUGUUCCUUAAAGAAGAAUGAGUAAAUUGAAUAUUUUUUUGUGUGUAAGAAUUUAUAAAAACUGGAUACUUUGGUCUACAAUGGAAUACUACUUAUUACAACUGUUUAUAGAUGCACAUCUAAGUUUUCUGUGCCUGUCAUUUCCAUUGUCUUGAAAGUUUCAUCUAAAAGCCAAUACUUGUCCCAAAGCCAAAGGAAAGGUGUUGAGCCUGAUUGUGUCAGCCUUUUCUCCAUGCUACCUUACCAGACAUGGGCCUACCACUUAUGGGUCUCCAUUUCUGUCCUUCUCAGUACACCUUGCUUAAAAAAUCAGCUGUAGCCGCUUAUCGACUACCUUUUGGGGUUUUUCCACUGUUUUUCUUUGCUUUUCUGUUCAUCUUCUUGUUUAUUGUUACUUGUGUGUGUGUGUGUGUGUGUGGAGGGGGGGAGGAAGUGUGUUGUGUGUGUAUGUGUGUAUGUGUGCCUCCAAUAGACACGUAAGAGAUCUUGCAAGAGGAACUUUUCUCAGCACUGAAUAAAAAUUGGCGACUGGAAUACACAGUUCACCAUGCCGCCAUUUAAUUUAUCCUCCAAAACUGGAAGGCUGGAGAAGAGUUAGGUGCCAUAGAAUGAAGCGCUGUAUGUUUCUGCUGAACCUGGGUCAACUCAGUUGCUUAAAGAAUGUUUUCAAUGUAUUUUGCAUGAAGUCGAGAGAGAUGAUAGGUAAUAAGCACAGCAGAGUUAAGUCAAUUGUGCUGCGGAAGCAAACUCAAGAUUUAAUUGCAGUAAUUUGCAGCAAUUUCCGCUCUGAGUGUCUCUCUCUUGUGUUUUUUUUUUUUGUUUGUUUGUUUGUUUUUGGUAGGCCACACACUAAGCUAAGUGCUUGACUCGUCGCUUCCUUUCAGCCAUAGUAUUUUGAGAUUUUUUUAUAUCGCUCAACCAUAUCAGUAUUAAUGUGAACGUUUUCUGGCUUGUGAAAUACUCUUAAAAGAAAAAGCCUUGCCUAAAUCAAAAUAUGUCAGAUGUGGUUAUUUAAGAAUAAUAAUAAUGCAUGUCCAUGUAUUGUCAUGAAUCUAAAACAUGAAAGUGAUUUUAGAGUAUGUGGGGUUUUUUUAGGGUUAUGUUGGCCUUGCUGUUUUUGAGGAUGUUGUUUAACUAUCCAAAAACCCUUGAGUCUUUAUCUACUUUUAAAAUGUGCUGAGAAACAAAGCUCUAACCCUUGCAGAGUUAGGGUUAUGUUCCAACUGCUGAUCUAUAUCUUAUCAUUAUUAUCAAUUACCAGUAAACAACUAAAGUCCUGAAGAAGGUAUAACUGUUUUGUUAAAUCUGACUUUUUUAAAAUAUAUUUUCUGACAAUAACAGCUGCCAGGCUUUAUCUUCUCUCUUUUUUUAGGCCAGUUGUACCGGUCAGUGUGGAGAAGUGAUGGGCCGCGUGAUUCUGAUUAACAGACACCCAUGUUGCAGUGUUUCUUUUUUUCUCCAGGGCUGGAUCCUAUCAUGAGAGUCGCAUGUUUGGUGAAAAGUCUUUCGCUGAUCUGCCAGCCCAACAAAAUGCAAACAAAUCUCAAGUCAGAAUUUCUUCAUUAUCAUGUAAAAAUAUGUCAAAAUUACAACUAUAAUCAGCUUUUCAACUGUCAAUUUCAGAAAUUAUUCAAAGGACGUCACUGAAAAUAGACACUUGAAAAUAAGUCAUUUAUCAAAGAACAAAAACCAAUGAAGUAUGACGAGAUGAAACAAAGAAAUCCUCAGAUUCGCAAACGCUGUGCGUUUGUCAGACCUAUUUUUUAUUAUUUUAUAAGCAUCAGUCAACUAGGCAUUAAAGCAACUUACUGUAUAAAUUAUGCAGAGUUAUUUUCAUAUGUGACACAGUAUAAAACGCCAAGAGAGUUAAUACGAGUUGACCUCGGUCAAAAAUGCAAACUUUUUGAGUCCAUUUCUGCUAGUAGUAUGUUGAGCAUGUUAAGUAUUUUUAUAUCUGUACAUUUGGGCAAUGCAGUUUAGCAUUUUUGUUUUCAUACAGGUGUUGUUUUCUAAAAUCCAGUUGUAACAUCUUAAGUGCCUGUAAGUUUAAAAAAUAUAUCUGUAUAUUAUUUGUUUGUAAUCCUAAAACCACAAAUGCCUGCUUAACUCAUAACCUAAUAGAGAUGAUUCCUAUACUUUGUAUGCAGUUCAUGAUGGUGAUGGAGAGAUUCCAGUGCCACUCACUUUUUAUACUUAAAGUUCAUGACUAGCCCUGUGCUUUUAAGGUUUUCAGGUGUUUGAUACUCAGUAAUACAGCAUUAAUAUUUACAUCCAGCUUUCUUUGCAGAUGUAUAGCUUUAAGUGAACAAAUCCAAAGGGAACAUGUCAUUUGUAGCAUAAAGAAAUUAUUGUAAUACCCUUAACCUUCCUGUUUUGUAAGUAGUAUCAGUGAAGAGGAAUCUGUGCUACUUCUUCAUAUAUGCAAGGUAUUUUGGAUGUUGAGUCCAUUAUAUGUAUUGUGUGUAUAACUUUACAAUUAAGCAGUGUAUUAUUUUUAAUAUUAAUUAAUUGUAAUUCCUGCAAUGUAUGAAGUAAAACCUUUUGAAAAAGGGCUUUUGUAUAGAAAAUGUGACAAAAUAAAUGUUUUUACCUCU